AUGGAGUCUCUCAUGUCAAGCAGGAGCCUGUGUCAAGCAGGGACUGUGUCAAGUGAUGAUGCAAGCAAAGGUACUGCAGCUAUGAUAUAUCGCUGGGAUCAGCAUCAGCUGACACCCAGAACUGGUAACAAGCAGAAGCAAAGGAGGUUGUGCCAUUCAGCAGAUGGGCAGUUUGCCUUCAAAAAGGAUACUGAUAUUGAGACCAUUUCUUUAAUGGAGUCACUGCUAGGGAACCUCAUGCAUUUAGCAGUACAAGAAGAUUGCAUAAUACACUUUGGAGAUGUUGGCAAGGUACAGGUACACAAUGGAGUACACACAAUGGAGUACUACACAGGCACUCAAAAUGAUGCUGAGGAAUUGAAUUUACCGAUACAGACAGAUGUUCAUGAUUCAUCCUUAAGCAGAAAAAAGACUAAACUGCAUGCUGUCAGGAUAGUUCCAGCAGCAAUCCUGCUCCCCAUACAAACAGUCCCCACUACACUUGCCAAGACCCGUCAGACUGGUUCUAUUUACAUCAUUAGUGACUUCUUUCUUCACCUCAAUCCAGCCCAUGAAAUUGCUGAUAUAGUCUGGAUGCACACACUUGAUUGCAGACCUGGUCUCCACAGGGCUCUUCCCUGCUGGUCAGCGAUGUAUCGGCGAGCUGUGGUGAGGGCCAGAAAGAGAACUUGUUUGGAGCCCUGGGCUAUUGGCCUCAUCACUUUUAUAUCCCUGAUUGUCCUGGCAGUGUGCAUUGGACUUACUGUUCAUUAUGUGAGAUACAACCAAAGGAAGACCUACAAUUACUAUAGCACAUUGUCAUUUACAAGUAACAAACUAUAUGAUGACUUUGGAAAAGAGGCUUCUAAAAAUUUCACUGAAAUGAGCCAGAAAAUUGAAUCAAUGGUAAAAAAUGCAUUUCAUAAAUCUCCAUUGAGGGGAGAGUUUGUCAAGCCUCACAUUAUCAGGUUCAGUCCAGAGGAACAUGGAGUGUUGGCUCAUAUGUUGCUGAUUUUUAGAUUUCGCUCUACUGAGGAUUCUGAAGCCAUCAAUAAAAUUAUUCAACGUGUUCUAACUGAAAAGCUGCAUGAUGCUGUAGGACCCCCUAAAUUAGAUCCUGAAUCAGUUGAAAUUAAAAAAAACAUGGUCUCCUGGACUGUCACUGCGUCCUGGUUCCUUAAUGAAAUCAACAAGACAGAAACAGACAACUUUCUGAACAGUUGCUGUGGGACACGAAGGAAUAAAACUUCAAGACAGAGUCUCAGGAUCGUUGGUGGGACACCCGUAGAGGAGGGAGAAUGGCCGUGGCAAGCUAGCCUGCAGUGGGAUGGGAUGCAUCGCUGUGGAGCAACUUUAAUUAAUAGCACGUGGCUUGUGAGUGCCGCUCACUGCUUUAGAACGUAUAAGGACCCAACCAGAUGGACUGCUUCCUUUGGAGUAACAAUAAAGACUCCAAAGAUGAAGCAAGGCCUUCGAAGGAUAUUUGUCCAUGAAAAAUACAAGUAUCCAUCACAUGACUAUGAUAUUUCAGUUGCAGAGCUUUCUAGCCCAGUCCCCUACACAAAUGCAGUACAUAGGAUUUGUCUUCCUGAUGCAUCUCAUGAGUUCCAACCAGGGGAUGAGAUGUUUGUGACAGGAUUUGGAGCACUGGAAAAUGAUGGUAGUGGUCAAAAUCAUCUUCGGCAAGUACAGGUGGAUCUCAUAGACACUAAAACCUGUAACGAACCCCAAUCUUACAAUGGUGCCAUAACUCCUAGAAUGUUAUGCGCUGGCUCCUUGAAAGGAAAAAGAGAUGCAUGCCAGGGUGACUCUGGAGGACCACUGGUUAGUCCAGAUGCUAGAGAUAUCUGGUAUCUUGCUGGAAUAGUGAGCUGGGGAGAUGAAUGUGGACAACCUAACAAGCCUGGUGUUUAUACUAGAGUGACUGCUUUCCGAGACUGGAUCCAUUCCAAAACUGGUAUCUAA